CCGGGAAGCAACCAAGCGGAUGGACCAUACUGCGCAAGCGCAGAGCAAACGGUCGCGCGGAGGAUUUGAGUUUAGUUUGAAUGGCUGAACACAGGCAGAAGCAGAUUGUUUUUUAACUUUUAGCAAUGUAGAAAUGGCAGCAAAGCGAAACCUGUCAGGGCCGGUGGAUUCAGACACAUCCCUACCAAACGACCAAUCUCUGUCCAGUCGGAGCGUUAACAGGAGUUUGAGAGUCGCAGAAAAGGAGAGAAAGAAGAGCGAGGCGGAGGACCCGUUUGUUCUGGCCCUGAAGUACUUCACUGACGUUGAAGCAGGUACUCCUGUGUAUGGAAAUGAUGAGGUGGAGAGGAACCUGGUGCUGGUGGAGAAGGUGGCCUACAGUAAAGGACUGUGCCCAGAGGCCAUCUCCAUCAUGCUGGACUUUGCCAUGAGCCUCCGUAUGGGGACGACUCUGUGUGCCCGGGUGCUGAAGUGUCUGAUUCCUGCCUCUGUGGUGCCACAGCAGGCUGUUGUUCGAGCGGUGGUUUGGCUGGGUGUAGGAAAAAUCCCCAUCAGCACACAAGUUCUUUUCAUAAAGUGGGUGUUGACCGUGUUUGACAUGAUUGAUGCAAAGGACGAACUUCGAGCUAUCUACGGCUUCAUCUUCAGCUUCGUCACAGAGGAAAAUCUGUGUCCUUUCAUCUGCCAUCUAUUAUACCUUUUGACCAGAAAGGAAAGUGUGCGAGUCUUCAGGGUCAGAAAGCUGCUGGAGUUACAGUCUAAACUGGGAAGACAGCCUUUUCUUCUGCACCUGCUCUCACUUUACAAAGUGUUUUGUCCUGAAAUGGUGACACUCUCCAUUCCGUCUCGAAUGAGGAGUGGGUUUCGGAACCACAAUUCCCCCUGGAAAUCAGCACUAAUUGGUGUUCAGAAGAGGAAUGGUUCCCAGGUUGACUCCAGCAUCAGUCUGGCCUUCACAAUUAAAGAUAAGACCCACUCAAGGAAAAGGAAACACCACCACCUGGACCUGCCGGCAUUGAGUUCCAUAGUCAAUAAAGAGGCUCAGACUGAGCCAUCCUCCACCAGAAAGGGAGUCCCCCUGGUUCAGGUCCACUCCUUUGCUCACCUGUUAGAAAAUAUGCACCAUAUAGAGCUGCCUGCUCAGAUGGGCUCACUGCUGGGCUCCAGUCUGGCACUGCAGUACCUGGACUGUGUACAGGAUGAGUCUGCCCUCCUACGCCUCAACUUCUGGCUGGGAUAUGCUCUUCAUGAAGAAUUCUUGUCCUGCAGCGAUGGAGGAGCCUCCCAGAAUUCGGAAGAAGCUCUGCUGUUUUUAAACAAGUUGCUGUCCACGCAGCACUUUCUUCAGGAGGGCUUUUCCAGUUCAGAGGUUUUUCUCUACAAAUUCCUCACCGUUUGGGAUGGCUGCCUCCUUCGCCCGCAGAUCCUUGGCCUGCUGAGCAACAUUCCCGUUGUCCCCAGUUCCCAAAUCGGGUCACUUUUGUUUGAGCCCCUCAUGCAGCUCUUCUUCACAUCCUCAGUGUUUUUCAAGUGUGGACUGAUGGAGUGUCUAAACAAUAUGCUGCUCAAGUGGCUGACCUGGCACUCAGUCUAUGCUCUGGAGGACGACUUGGACAUCAGCCUCAACAGCCACACCUCCAUAAACAUGACUCUGUCGGGGUUCAAGGAUUCAGUGAUGGAGCUGGUUCACUUUGUGGGUCGGCUGGCCUCUGUGGGCCUUCAGCUUGAAGGCUGCCAUUCACUCCUGCUCAGCUUCAUCCUGGACUUCUACGAGACGGCGUGCGACACGUUUCUGAAGUAUGGGCUGCCCCUCAUUGUGAUGCCCCCUCCUGGAGUUUUUUACCCGGCCCUGUUCGCCGCUGACCCUGUUAGCGUGGACAGACUGGCCUACAUCAUGUACAGGUACAAGGUGAACUUGACAUCAGCCAAGAGUCAAGAAAAGCUCACUGAGGCCUUUCACAUCAGCCGCCAGACGUUCCACGAGUUCAACCAUUACAUAGUCGUCAUGGUCAACUGCCUGUGGAACUCCCAGAUGUUUCAGCCUGGCAUGGGGGUACAGCUGGGGGAGGAGCUGCUGCUCAAGAGCAACGUGCCACAGUACUGGACGAGCUUCGACCUCGUCCACCAUCCCGCCUUCGUGAGCUACGCUGUUGAAUUUCACCAAAGGUGUUGGCCAGGGAGAAAGGACAUGGACCUCAAUUCCAUAAAGGAUUCCAAGCCAUGGAGCUGGUACCUGGAGUAUUUGUACACUCAGGGUUACGACGGCCUUAAACAGUUUGUUCAGAGCAACAUCAGCCGGAAGAUGGCAGCAGGCGACGGGCAGCAUGACGACCUGUCCACGCAGCGGAGGUAGUGGCACAACUCGGUGGAGAGCAAAGGCAACCACUUGCAUCAGUUUUUUUUUUUUUUUUUUUUUAAAAAAGACUUGUACAUAUUUCAUCUCCUCGUGUCUUCAUAGCGAGCUACUUGCAAGCGAUCUGAGCAUCUUUUUAUGUAUAUAGAUUUAUCUGUGUUUAUUGUAUUCUUGACGACUUAACGGCUUCAGUGUUGGCAGCAUGCUUAAAAAUAUCAGUAACAAAAGUUUCAGUUAUUUCAGUAACUUCAAAUAUCUUUGCAAGGAAAUCACGAUCAUACUUAGUUUAAUAGCAGCGAACCGACCUUGAACUAGCCACAACAUUGAAAAAACAUUUUUUAACUUACCUUUUAUGUUUUUGAGGUAUAUUUUCUUGUACAGCUUUUCAUUUGCGAAACUCGACUCUUGAACAUUGUUGAAUAUAAAUAAGUGUGAGACUUUUAGUUUGCAAACAAAUAAAAUUAAUUUGUUUUGUAUAUACACAAUAUACUGAAGUACAGUACAGUGCCCUAAUGUGAACCUCAAUUUCACCAUUAUCAGUUGGCAUUGCUAGCUUGGGGAUCUGUUAAAUGGAUAAGUAUUCUGGUGCAGUGCAGUCAGUUGCUUUUCCCAGCUGGAAAACAGCAUUUUGCUUUAAUGGAGGAACCUUUCUGGGUGGUUAUUAGGCCUCAGGCUACUUGCGCUACUUUUGAAAAUGCAGGAUGAAAUCGUUGCAUACUCCGUCCAUACAGUCAUCAGCUUUGUACGUGGCAAAAAUGUAUUGACCCAGAAAGUGUUAAAGACUGGCUUGUGUUCCUACAUAAAUAAACCUUCUUCAUAUCUCUGUAAAACAAAAGAGAGGUUCAGGAACCUCCGCAGGUAUCCAGAAAAUAAACCAGUGUGCGCUAUUGUACUGCUGCAACUAAC